AUGGUUCUUUCAGGCGAUGUUUCUACUGUGACGUAUAAUCUAGUGGACGGAACGCUUCCUCAACAACUGCAGCCACCUCGCGUUUCAGUGAAAGACGAGGAAGACGCGUUCAGAGUGAAAGAGGAGGAGGAGGAUGUUACAGUAAAAGAAGAGGAGGAAGAGAAAGAGGAGGAUGCAGGUUUUGGAGAGAAGGAGGUUACUGUGACAGUGAAAGAAGAUGAAGACGUUUUUUUAAGGAAGGACGAAGAGGGGGAGAUUACUGUCACAUUAGAGGAGGACGAAGAAGAGAAGACUGGAGAACUGAUUAACACCAGUAAAUACAGAGAUAUACUUGACUAUCGUGGAUCCUCUGGGGAGCCUCAACAACCUUGUGAUGCUGAAGAGGCAGAGAAUAGUCUCUCCAGAUCAGAACACCUCAAGAAACACUUGCAGAGAUCAACAGGGAGGAGAACUCACUGCUGCUCUGACUGUGGGAAGAGAUUCACCUCAUCAGGCAUUAAAAUUCAUCAGAGAACACACACAGGAGAGAAACCUUAUAGCUGUGGUCAAUGUGAGAAGAGUUUUUCUGCCUCUAGCACUCUGACUGAACACCAGAGAACACACACAGGAGAGAAACCUUUUAGCUGUGGUCAAUGUGGGAAGAGUUUUACUACAUCCAGCACUCUGACUGAACACCAGAGAAUACACACAGGAGAGAAACCUUAUAGCUGUGGUCAAUGUGGGAAGAGUUUUGGUGGAUCUGGAGUGCUCACAGUGCACCAGAGAACACACACAGGAGAGAAACCUUAUAGUUGUGGUCAAUGUGGGAAGAGUUUUACUACAUCUGGCCAUCUGAUUCGACACCAGAGAAUACACACAGGAGAGAAACCUUAUAUCUGUGGUGAAUGUGGGAAGAGUUUCACUACAUCUAGCACUCUGACUGUACACCAUGGAACACACACAGGAGAGAAACCUUUUAGCUGUGGUCAAUGUAGGAAGAGUUUUUCUUCAUCUAGCUCUCUGACUGAACACCAGAGAAUACACACAGGAGAGAAACCUUAUAGCUGUGGUCAAUGUGGGAAGUGUUUUACUACAUGUGGCUCUCUGACUCAACACCAGAGAAUACACACAGGAGAGAAACCUUAUAGCUGUAAUCAAUGUGGGAAGGGUUUUAUUCGAUCUGUCCACCUGACUCAACACCAGAGAACACACACAGGAGAGAAACCGUAUAGCUGUGAUCAAUGUGGGAAGGGUUUUGGUCAAUCUGGAGAGCUGACAGUGCACCAGAGAAAACACACAGGAGACAAACCUUAUAGCUGUAGUCAAUGUGGGAAGAGAUUUGCUUCAUCUGGCUCUCUGACUCUUCACCAGAGAACACACACAGGAGAGAAAGCUCAUAGCUGUGACCAGAGAUAAUCUGAUAAAUGAUCUCUGAUCAAAUAUUAGAAAAUACAUACAUGAAGUAGUUGUUUCAUGAUUUCAACAAAUUAAUGUCACAAUGUAGAAUGUUUUAACAUUGUUUUAGGAUUAUUUUAAUAGUGUAAAAAUGUAGAAGCCUCAACGUUUGCCCCCUUAUCAAUUGAUUUCAACAUAAUUUGGAUAUUAGCCUCAGGGGAAAAAUCCAGGCUCUGAAAUGGAAGAGAUUGAUUGGUGUCACCUCGUUAGUCAGUAUGUGUUACACCUGUGCUGGCUUGUCCAUCUCAUUAGUGGGAAGGUGUUUCACCUGAGCUGGUCCAGGUUCUAUUUAAGUGUCUGGCCCAGUGCUCCAGUUGUCUUGAUAGAUGUGGAGAGUCAACACGUUUGCUUCCUGUUUUUAAGUUUGGUGCGGGUUUUUCUUUUGUUCGCCUCUUCUUGGGCAGAUUUAGUGGGUCUCAUGGUGGGUGUCUUUUAGGUCCGAGUUGUUGUUACUAGUCAACUUUCAGUGGACACUGAGAGCAAAACUUCAACAAUAUGUUAUAAUACUUUUAUUGCAUCAAAUGGUUGUUUUAUGCAACAGAAUAGAGGGUUCUUAGAACUAUACUGUCUGUGUUCUACUGAGGAUGGGCCUCUGGGAGAUAACACUGACAGGAGAUUUCCAAUGUCUUUUGUGUGAUAAAACCUAAAGAGACCGCAUUCCAGAGCACGAGUUAAUGUUUCUGUUCUCUAUGGUGCCAGGGAGAGAUGACCCCAGGGCCAGACCCUGGUUUCUACACAGGGUACUGUUUUUACAGCAGACACUGUCUGCUGAGAAUUAUAAGUAUCUUUCAUACAAAUCUUAACCUUGUGACCCGUUCUAUACAUCUGUUGUUGGUCAUAUAGGUUGAAAGGGGUGUGUCUUGGCUGUAAAAGACCUUUGUACUUUUGUCUCGUGGCUCUAUGAACCAUCUGGAGCUGAUUCAUCGACCAGGCAUCAUUAUCGUAGAGCACUCAAUUGAUUCUCUUUAUGUAUGCGUUGUAUUGACCUGCUCCCUUAUUAUUAAGUGA